AUGCAGGCUGAGAUGGGAGAGAGCAUUUCUAAACGGAUCGAUGAAAAGGGACUUCUCUGGGUGCAGGCUGUGAGAGACACGUGCAUGUCAGAAAUCCACCAGAGCAUUCGAACCAACAUUUUCACAGUUCAACAGGCUGUGGCCGAUCUCUCAGCUGUUCAGAGUUCGCAGAGCGGCAGGCUUGCGACCAUUGAGGACCUUCUGCCCCGUUUACAAACUGGCCUUGACGAUGUAAGAAAUCAGACCGCUUCCUUGGCUUCAGAUUACGACAAGCUACAACACGAUCAACACUAUUUGCGUGGCGAAGUGCAAAAGCUUGUGGUCGAAAUGGGCGAUCUCCAGGCCAAAUUCUGUCAUCAUGCGAAACAGGUGGAACAUAAUCAGCAGCAAAGGGAGAUAGCACUUACGCAAAAGGUCUCUGAAGCUGUUCUGCAAGAUAUUACGCGCAUGGUGGACUCCCUUCGCAACAAAACAGAAUCAGAUGCGAUAACGCGACAAAAAUAUGUAGACAAAGUCCAAGACCAAACGAACCAGACGAUGGUACAAAUACAUCAAGCAGGCCUUGAUAGGCAUAGGGCCAUGCAACUGAAGGCAACAAAAGUCCGAGCCAGGCAUGACGCUGAGAUACUAUAUCUGAGGCUCAUGGCCGAGGGAAAGGCAAACGAAAUAAUUCAGAGACUAGACAAUAUCGAAAAUACAAACGACUCCCUCAAGGCAGAGCUAGAAGGACAAUCAGAAAAGGUGGACCUUGUCGCCAACGAGCUGAACGAACGCAUAGAGAGGGCAAAUGAGUCCACUGAAGCAGAUCUUCGAACCGAAUUCGGCAGCAGCCAAGAGAAAUACCACAUGCAGAUCACCGACGGAUCUGCG